AUGGUGGAUCUGCUCGGCCGCGCGGGGCUGCUCAGGGAGGCUCUGGAGGUGGCCUCCGCCGUGCCCGUUGAGCCCAACAGCGUGGUGUGGGGAUCGCUGCUCAACGUUCGCCGGAUUCACGGGAAUUUGACCAUGGUGGAGCAGGGAGGUCCGCAGGGGACACCGGCCGCUUCGUCAUCAUGUCGAACAUGUAUAGAGAGGCGGGGAUGGCGGAGAAGGCCCCGCGAAUGACGGGGGCCGUGUGGAGGAAGCCGAGGGUGAAGAGCUGGCUACAGAUGGGUUCCCUGGUGCACGAGUUUUGGGGCGACCGGCGAUGGCCGCCAUCACCAUCUUCAACAAUCAGAGGAGAAGAGAGAUAUAGAGGGGUAUCUAUAGGGAGAGAAGCCCACUAAAUUCCAGUGUUAUCUCUCUUCGGUCAGCAGGCCAGGAAGUCUACGGUAGGGGGAAUACGAAUCCCUGCGGCGGGCAUCAUUCCAUUCAAUCGUGUAAUCAAUCCACAGGGAUAUCAGCAUUCAAUCUCAUCAGCCGCUUCAGUCAGCGAUUGAUGAGAGCAGGAGAGGAGACGACGUGUCCUCCAGCUGCUGCUGCUCUUCCUCAAGAACGAUCUCAAAGGCAUGAAAGAGGGGGGAGGGGUUGACUUGAUGGUUGAGUCGGGUCACCAAUUACCAGUACGACGACCCCAACGAGCAGUGCUGGUUUCCCGGAGUCGCCGCAAGCUCUGGUCAGGUCAGUUCGUCUGUCACGACGAACGAGUAAAUGGAUUACCGGACUGACCGGAGACGAUCUUCGGUCCUAUCGUUCAUUUCUUAUCUGGGUAACCCCUGAGACCUCUUUCCACCGCCGAACAUCCACCAGAGCGAUGGGAGGAGGAGCACCGUGAAUGCUCCUCGAUUCCGGACGAGCCCAAAUCUCGAAACGAGGAAUCUCAGUAAAUUAGGCACCUACAGCCUGCGGUCUACAGUAGGCGCAUGUGGUUGGGGGAGGGUGGGGUGGGCGGCGGAGCUUUUUAAAAGCCGAGAGGCUACACCCGCCGCCAUGA